UUCCGAAGGUGGGGUGAGGCGGACCUCAACCAGGAGAGAUGGUCUUCAGUGCUCACGUGUUUAUUUGUUGCAUUGCGGUUAAGGCUAGAACAUUUGUCUGACACACAGUCCAAGGAGAGCCGAGGACUGAUUUCUAGUCAUACUCCUGAAAAUCCAAAGGACUAGGAAAGAUCUGUUUCGUGCGUGAAAGCAGACGUUGUGUUGCAAGACUGCAUACUGCGAAUGGUGAUAUGGAGGUUUGGAAGCACCAUACCCGCAGUGAACGUGCAUAGAACUCGUACACCCGCCACGCCAGGGAGGCGCUGUUAGAUGGCCGGCACACGCCUACUCUCAACGCCAUGGCUGCCGCUCUGCAAAUAAAGGAUGGCGUCCCGGUCGGACAGCGGCAACGAGACCCGCGGGUCCUCGGAGUCUGACAACUCGCCCACGCCCACACCCACCAAAGACUUCGAACAGCAGCAGCAACAACAACAGCAGCAGCAACAGCAGGAGGCGCAACAGCAGCAGCAGCAGCUACAACAACAGCAACACGCUAGGGAAAGCCAGAACACCCGGGAGCUCCAGCAGCAGCCGCGACCCAAAGGCCUUCACAUUCCCUCUACCAGCCGCGCCUUCCUGACGCCAGCCACCACUUCGGGCCCCGUCUCCACCCACGUCCCCUCCCUGGCCUCCAGCAGCCGCUCGUCCCAGGGCCACCGCUGCUCCUACCCCCGCAUUAACCCCCUCACCACCCCCAUCUCCCGCACCACCCCCGCCAUCUCGCCCCUCACCAGGACCAUCAUCAUACCCUCAGCGCCUAGAGUCACUCCGGCACCCGCACUACGCACCACGCCCACCGCCACGCCCUCACAGAGAACUACACCCACAGCUACCCCUUCUCAGAGAACCACGCCGACGGCAACGCCUCAGAGAACAACGCCCACCAUCACCUCUCAGAGAACCACGCCUGUCACGCGGCCCUCUCGAUUGACUCCUUCGUCCACGAGACUCACGCCCACCACCCACAACCAGAGGCCGCCGCCCCUCAGACCCUUACCUCGGAGACCGCCGUCCUCAGGAAUGGGGUCAGCAGGAUCGGUGCACGUCGGAGCUCCUCUGGGUCCCCUCAAUUCGUCCAGAGGGAGGCAGCGGAACAGCGUGGCCGUGGUGGACUCCCGCGAGCACAUCUACGAGGAGCUGGAGCUGUGCCGUGGCCCACCCAAGCUGGCGCCCGUAUCAGGAGUUUUGCCACAGGGUAAGGUGGUGAUUCGUCCCAUUGCCUUCAAGCCUGUAGCGUCCCCCGGGGUACAAGCCAUCUCCCCCCCGACCAACGGCGGAGUCGUCGGCGGGGGAUCCACAGCGAGCUUCGUGGUGCAUUCGUCAAGCGGCCUGCCCGCCGCCAAGCCCGACCCUCGCUACACCUCCGCCCCCUCCCUGGCUAAGGGGGUCAUCCACCAUUAUGGCAGUAUGGGUGACCUCAAAACGCUGAGCCACAAUAGUUAUUCUUUAGAUCGUCGUGGUCUCACCACCCCCCUCUCCUCGAGAGGCCACUGUGAUCAACACACUGGUGAUAACAAGUACAACAGUCUUACUAAGCUCCACAAUAGUAAGAACACCUCACUGAAUAACAAGAAUAGCUACAGUAAUAAUAUCAGUAAUAAUAUUAAUAAUAGUAAUAAUUGCCACAAUAUAAGCUCCAGCAGUAAUGGCAGCAGCAGCAGCAAUAGCAGCAGCAAGAGUCCACCUAACUGCCGACCGCCUUCACAUCAGUCAACCUCUAGUAACAUAGAAGAUGGCCACAACCACCACAAGUUUGCUCAAGAUGAUAGACUCUCAAGCCAUUAUGAAAGCUCUUUGGAUAAUAGACUUUCAAACACGUAUGACAAUGCUUCUGUGUACACACGCAUAAAUGGGUAUUCUAAUAGUGACCUUCCUCGCUACGAUAGCUUGAAGAACCUUUCUAGUGACUCAGGACACUCCUUUGGUCAUCACCUGCACAACCCGCCAAUGGUGAGUAGUCUACACCAGCGGAUGGGUGGCUCUGUGACUAAUCUCUCUCGCAUCAGCAACGGUCAUCAUACUGGAUCAGUUCAAGGACUGGAUCGGCCUGGUUCAAGCAUCAGAUUGGACAGAUCAGCAUCAGUCACAGGGUCUAACUUGGGCAGGUCAGGCUCAGUCAGUGGAUCUAACUUGGGGCUUGAUAGAUCAUUAUCAGUGACGGGAUCCAACCUGGGCCUGGACCGCACCAUCUGUGGCUCUGUGUCGGGUUCAUUGAGUGAACUGACAUUGGACGAGCAUCACCAGACCCCCUCCCCUUCAGACUCUGGUGUAGCAGAGUUGGAGGCAAUGCUAAAAGAGAAGGAUUCUGAGAUCAACACACUACGAGAGACCAUGGAACAAAAUGAGCAGGUUAUAUUUAAGGUAUAUGAAGAGAAGGAGAAGACUUGGGAACGUGAACUGAAGAAGAUUCGGGAUCUGUAUGAUUCUCGGCUGAAGGGAGCCCAGCAGAAGGCCUUGAAGAUGGAACAGUCACUCACCACACAGACUUACCAGUUACAACAGGAGCGAAGGAAAUUAGUGGCAGAACUGGAAGAAGUUCGUCGUGAACGGGAUGGCCAGCAAAGCCAAACUGAACAACUGAGAAGAGAAUUAAAUUCCUUACGAGCUCAACUAGAAGAAACAGAAUGGAGUCUUUGUCAAAAAUCUGGAGAAAUCUCGUUACUGAAAACUCAGCUUAAAGAUUCCCAAGGAGACCAAACAACACGUGGACAUGAGCUGCUUCACUUACGGGCACAGGUGCGACAAUACCAGACUGAGGUUGAGCGGCGUCGGGCGGAAAUCAACUCCUUGCAUGACUUAAUGGCACAGCAGAGGAGGGAGUCUGAUGACCUGCGUCUACAGUUAGACACAGCUCAGCAGCAACAUUCACAAGCCCGGGCCCAUGAUCAAGAUCUCAGCCUUCAGAUGGACAAAUUGAAGAGUGAGGUUGAAGCCAUGAAAAAAGAGUGUGAACUGCAAAGACAGCAAUUUGAGGAGGAAAGAGUGAGAUGGAUUGAGGAGAAGGAGCGAGUGAUACGAUACCAGAAGCAGCUCCACCAGAACUAUGUUGCCAUGUUUGGCCGUAACCGUCAGUUGGAGGAGGAAGUGGCAAGACUCACAGGAGUACCUUUACCUCCACUAAAGACAUUAACCCCUCCAAAAUUCCCAGCAGCUUAUGCUGAUAUCAGAGAGUCUCCCUCUGCCCUGCAGGUUCCCAAUGAGUCACGAUGUUGAUGGGAAGGAACUUCACUGCUAGGUUAAGAAACAUUUAUAAAAUUUAAUUUAGUAACUUUGUAGGAUGAUACCUCAUUAAAGAUUUUAAUGUGUAUUAAAUGAAGGAUGAAAACACUUCAAUCAAGUUUUUUCUUUAAUCAUAGAAUAAUAUUUUUUAGAUGAAUAUUUGAAGGGGAUAACUAUGGGAAAAUGAUUUCAUACAUAGGCAUGCCUAAGAUGAACUUGUAACUUACAUGUCCUUAUUGUCCUGUACCACUAUUAUACAUGUAUAUGCCUAUGAAUCCAAACAGAUGGGAUGCACUGUAUUUUCUCAUCUUUUAAGGAUUCAUGAUUAAGUCAUGCUCACCAUUUUCAUUUAUUAAAGUAAUAUUUUAGCUAUCACAUAACUGUAAAUUAACUGUAUAGAACCCAUAAUGAAUUUACAUACUAAACUAUGUUGAAUUGUUUUAGUGUCUAGCCAAAGGUUACAUCUAGUUUCAAUGUUACGUCUAGGAGUACAGCACCAUAUUUUAUGAAUGUUAUAUAUCCAGUCAAGUGUGUGAAUGGUUUGAUAUGUCAAGCACAGAAUUUUAAUAAAUCUAUAUUUAUUACUUAUAUAAUGCUGUAAGCAAUACUGCAUUAGUUGUGGGUUUUUUAGUGGUUUAGUAAUAUUAAUGGUGAAUAUUUAGUCAAAGUUCCUUUAUUAGUCAAGCUGAUUAUGGCUGCCCUCAUUGUUUUUAAGCAAUGUAUGAAGAUUACUUGUGCACUGCUGUUACAAUGGGAGAAGGAAGCAGUCUUAUCAGAUAACCAAUAUCUGAUUUAGGUGGGUUGUUAACACCUUUGCACACGUUACAUGGUACCUAUCCAAACUUCCAAGUUGGUUUGUUGUGCGUGUGUGUACCAGCAUGCACGAGCAUGCACAAGCCUGACAUGGGGAGGCUUGUUUCUCUACUCAUCUUCCUGUGCUCUUUUUUUUUUCCAUGUGACACCAAUGACAAAUAAUGGAUUAAAUAGCAGGAACUGUAUGCACUUGAUAUUGCAGAAACCAAUUAGUGUGUAAAAUGUUAACUUAACUAUGAAAAAUGUGGUGUAUUAAGAACUGACUAGUUUCUGAAGCAGGGUCUCAAAAUUCUAUAACGAGCCCAUGCAAACUUUGGAAAAAAAAAAAAAUAUAUAAAAUAUAUUAUGUACUUAGUAUCAUACCUUACAUUUUAUACUAUCUUGAAAUUUUCAUGAUUUCCUCUUUUUUCUCCUUUUCCACCAAGACCAAUGAACAGUGAAAACAUGGGUAAAUAGUAGUGUAUAUACUUAUUCUUCAGGUGUAUUUCCAACUAGUCCCUAAAAUAACAGACUUUCAUGAUUUUCUUACUUCUGUGUGAAGGAAUCAAAAGAAAUCAACAGUAUGAAGUAGAGAUUUCUGUGAUUCAGAUAAUGAAGCUGCACACCAAAAAAUCACUGGUUCCUUCCAGCUACUGUCACACUAGCUUCACCAAGCAUACAACCCUAUGUUCUAAAUCCCAUGUGCAAAAUGUUAAUUUUAAAACAUCAUGGACAACUUGUACAUUGCACAUUUUGAAAAUAAGACUUCCUUCAAGCUGAGAGCCACAUGCAGUUUUACAAUUAAAACUGAAAAUGUGGAAGCAGCAAAAUCUAUUUACCCACAAGAUUAUCUUGGAGGAUUAUUAACAUGACUUCAUAAACUAAAGGCUUCAUCUUAUUCAAAUUUAUCAUAUAUAUGUACAAUAUGUUGAUUCACUUGUAUCUGCAUAUUUAAGUUUUAAAACUUUUCAAUUGUUUAUCAUAACACAUGAAAAUACUCUUUGUGCACAAAUAGUAAGAUAUAAGCACAGUAUUUAGAAGGACAACAUUAAUGUGAAACUUUAUAUACUGUGAAAAUUCUCAGAACUUUGGUGUCAGUGUAUUUCCUCUCUCAUUUUGUGAUAUUCACUUUAAACAAGCUAUAAACAAGUUAACGGGAACAAUAUUGUUAUAUGUGGUCCUUAACUUAGUUCAAAUUACCUAACAUUUGUGAGAAUAUGAAGUCAGUUGCUACACUGAAAAGAAUUAUGACUGCUGGUUAAUGGUUAAUUAUGAUAAUUUACUACAUGGUAAUUCUCCAUAAUCAGCAAAAAUAAAUUUUCAACAUCA